CAUCUUUGUCUCCACACUUGGCAUCAUCAGGCAGCAAACUACCCUUACAACACUCCCAACUCCCAAUUUCCACAUAUAUAAGACUCAUCAGAAGUCACAAUUCCUCAUAUCACUUCUCCACUGAGAGAUCAAAAUCAACAUGUCGGCCUUUGGCAACCACAUCUGCGGAUGCUACUACACCACAUCUCCUUAUGCUCUUCGUGUCUACCUUCCACAGGUCCAACUGGAGUCGCAUACCACCAUCACACCCCUCUACUUCACCACAAAGCUCUCGCAGACCUUCCAGAAUACAUCUGCCGAGAUUCUGCCCGAGACUCGCUACUCCUUUCCUCUCUAUGACGGUGUUGUUGUGACCGCUUUCACCUGCACCAUCGGCGACAAAGUCAUCAAAGGCCACGUGGAGCAAAAGGAGCAAGCCAGGAAGACAUUUGACGCCGCCGUCAAGAAGGGUAAGAGUGCCGGUCUCCUAGAGUCGCUUCCGCUUGGAGUCUUUGGAGUCACUCUUGGUAACAUCCCUAUCAAUGCGUCCAUCCGCAUCGACAUUGUCUAUGGAGGCGAGCUCAAGCACGAUGCUCAGAUUGAUGGCUUGCGUUACAACCUGCCUACAUCCAUCGCUCCUCGCUACGGCAGCUACCCUGGACAACUUCUUGAAAUGGACACUGCUGUUCUCAAGAGCAUGAACAUCACUGUUGACAUCGACAUGCAAGGCUCCACUAUCCGCAAAGUCCAAUGUCCUUCUGACCAUCCCAUCGCCCUGUCAAUCGGAACUCUGUCUACAGCUCCCGAGCCUACUUCCGACAUGUCAAAGGCCUCAGUGUCUCUGACUCACAACACCACAGAGCUCGGUUCAGACUUUGUUCUGCAGGUCUUGAUCGAUGAUAUCGGCUCCCCAAAGGCCAUUAUCGAAAAGCACGCUCUUCCCAACCGUCAAGCCCUGAUGGUUACGUUUGUGCCACGCUUCAACCUCAAGCCCAUCAGACCGGAGAUCAUCUUUAUCGCCGAUCAGAGUGGAAGUAUGCAAGGCACCAAGAACACUGCACUUGUCGCUGCUCUCAAGACAUUCCUCAAGUCCUUGCCCUCUGGAGUUCGCUUCAACAUAUGUGCCUUCGGAUCCCGCCACAAGUUCCUUUGGGAGAAGAGUGUGCCUUACAACCAGGAAAACUUUACCCAAGCUCUCAACUUCGUCCAAGGCUUCACCGCUAACUAUGGCGGUACGGAGCUGUUGCGUCCAGUCAUGGCUGCCUUUGAGUCGCAUCUUGUGGAUAUGCCUCUUGAGCUUGUCGUUCUUACUGACGGAGAGAUAAUUGCCGAGUCGCAACUUUUCGACUAUGUCAACAGCCAGAUCAACAACGAGAAAGUCGACGCUCGUUGUUUUGUGCUUGGCGUCGGUCGUGAUGUUUCUCACACUCUUGUCGAAGGAUUUGCUCGUGCUGGAAACGGAGUCGCCCAGUUCAUCACUGACAACGAAGUCAUGGACUCCAAGGUCGUCCGCAUGCUCAAGGCUGCCCUCUAUCCGCACGUCAAGGAUUACCGUUUAGAAGUCGCUUAUGAUGAGGUCGACGACUUUGAGAUGGUCGAGAGCGCGACGUCCACACAGACAGCCGCCAGUCCCACAGACCCGCAAGGUGUACCAAUCUCGUUGUUCGACAAAGCUGCUGAUCUCAGUGGUACACCCAAUGAGGGCACCGAUCGCUAUGCUCACCUGCCCGUUGUUGCAGUACCCAAGCUUAUCCAAGCACCUCAUGUCAUUCCUCCUCUGCUACCAUUCAACCGUACUACCGUGUAUCUGCUCCUUGGAGACUCAAGCCAUACUCCAAAGUCUGUCACUUUGCACGGUUCAUGCCCCGAAGGCCCUUUGAGAUUGGAUAUCCAUGUCAAGCGGAUCGAUGAUCCCAAUCAUACUAUCAACACACUCUCAGCCAAGCGAGCCGCGCAGGAGCUUGAGGAGGGCAGAGGCUGGCUGCUCGACGCAAGAGAAGGAACAGAGCCGAUCAAAGACAAAUACUCGUCUCGCUUUGACGAGUUGGUCGAGAGAGAAGUCGUUCGUCUUGGCACCGACUAUCAAGUCGCCAACAAGUGGUGUUCCUUUGUCGCAGUCGAGCAGCGUGAGAAAGGCAAGAUCGGCGACAACUCUUCCGUUGACUCUUCCUCGGCUACCUUGAGGGAUGGGAGAUCUGGAUCUGAUUCGUGUGAAGCGGAGCAGUCCGACGAAGACAUGGGCACCAACAUGUUUGACUCUGGUCCAAGCAGAAAUGCGAAGAAACGACAGAAAUUCUCGGCCCCUACCAGUUUCCGCCGAUCAGCUAUGCCACGCCUACGAGCUUCACCAGGUCAGUUUUCUGGUGUACUCAUUCCUGACAACUAUCAAACUGGAGGUGGUGGAGGCCGUGGUAGAGCAACUUUUGGAGUGACUGGUGGGGGCCGUGGUGGAGGCCGUGGUGGAGGCCUUGGAUACUCGGCUAGGAGGUGCCGCCAAGCCGUACCGCAGUUGAUGGAUGAGGAUUGCGAAACCUUCAGGGACCUGGGCGAGGAUGACGGUGAGUGGGGCAGUGACGAGCCGGCAGAGCUUUCUGCCCCAGAAGGUCCUACCAUUCCGACCAACAAUGUCCUCGCUACUGUCCGCGCUCUCGUGGAUCUCCAGUCCUUCGACGGCCAUUGGGAAUGGACCAACACGCUCUCCACCUUCUUUGACAGUCACGUCAUCUCAGAGGCCAAGAGUGUCAGAUCGGCAGAAGACCAGUUGCUGGCCACGGUAAUGGUUCUGGCCUGGCUGAAGACUUCAGCAUCCGAGUACCACGAUCUUUGGGAAAUGAUUGCCGAGAAGGCUUCGGAUUGGCUUGAGGGUCAGAGCGAGGACUCUGAGCUGCUCAUGAGCAAGGCAAUGAGCGCUUUCACUGGCGGAGUUUGAAUCUGGCAAAUGACUUUGUUUCUCUACAGUUGGAGAUAGGGCACGGACUGCCAAAGAGAGGCUUGUGGUAACGAUACAAAAGAAAUAGCUAUAUUCCAUAUGGUGGUAUUGAUAUGAAAUGAGCCUAGGAAAUCAUUAUACAUCAUUAUCACUGCCUUUCUGGGUGUGCUAGGUACGAUUAAUAAACUUCUAGAUCAUUGAGCU